AAGUUGUUCCUCGGCCGGUUUGGAGCGCCCGGCGCUAUAAAUAAAAGGCGUGUUCACAUAGGCGGGCGCUCCCUUUGUCCAAGUCGCCAGGAUGAGCUACGGAUCGGACUUCUAUCUCUCCUCUUCCUACCGGAAGAUUUUCGGGGAGUCCCCGAGAUACUCCUCUACUUCUUCGCGGAUUGGCACCGGUUCGUCUCGCAGUUCCAUCUCUUCCAGCGGCCUUAGGGGCCAGUCGGUGUCCAGGAGCAGCGCCUCUUCUCUCGGCUCCUACAAGACGUCAGGACGACCAGCUUUUUCUCCCGUGUCCAGCGGGAAUCUUGACCUUAGCCAAACCGUGGUACUCAACAAUGAGUUUAAAAUCAUUCGUACCAACGAGAAAGAGCAGCUCCAGGGGCUCAAUGACCGCUUCGCUAUGUUCAUCGAGAAGGUUCACAGCCUUGAACAGCAAAACAAAGUCCUGGAGACGGAGCUACUGGCCCUCCGGCAGAGGCAGACUGAACCAUCCAGGCUCGCUGAAAUUUACCAGCGGGAGAUCCGAGAGCUGAGGGCUCAACUGGAGGAGAUCAAUGGAGAGAAAUCGCAGAUUCUCAUCGAAAGGGAUAGCAUCGAGGAAGACCUGCAAAGGCUCAAGGCGAAGUACGAGGACGAAAUCCGAGCACGAGAGGAAGCGGACCUGACUCUGAAAGCUUAUAAGAAGGACGUGGACGACGCGACUCUGGUCAGGCUGGACCUGGAGAAGAAAGUGGAAUCCCUCCUCGACGAGAUCGGGUUCCUGCGCAAAGUCCACGAAGAGGAGGUGGCGGAGCUCAUGGCCAUGAUCCAGGCGGCGCAGGUGUCCGUGGAAGUGGAGAUGUCCAAGCCCGACCUCACCUCCGCCUUGAAAGAGAUCAGGGGUCAGUACGAAUCGCUGGCCGCCAAAAACCUACAAUCGGCUGAAGAGUGGUACAAAUCGAAAUUCGCCAACUUGAGCGAGCAGGCGGCCAAGAGCAACGAGGCGAUCCGGGCAAGCAGAGAGGAGAUCAACGAGUUCAGGAGGCAGCUGCAGUCCAGGAACAUUGAGAUCGAGAGUCUCCGAGGGACCAACGAGUCGCUGGAGAGGCAGAUCAGGGAGAUGGAGGAGAGGCACAAUGCCGAGAUUGCCGCAUUCCAGGAUACCAUUGGCCAGUUAGAGAACGAGUUGAGGACGACCAAGAGCGAGAUGGCCCGCCACUUGAGGGAAUACCAGGACCUGCUUAAUGUCAAGAUGGCUCUGGACAUUGAAAUUGCCGCUUACAGAAAACUACUAGAAGGAGAGGAGACUCGUUUUAGCACUGGUGUCAGUCUGAAUGCUCCUGGUCUUAGCCCUAGCUUGACCUACGCUUAUCCAACUCGAGUGUACAGCAGCUCUUCCAAAUUAUCAUCCACUGUCACCAUCAGCAAGAAGGAGAAAGAAGAGGAGGCCAGUAAGGUGCCCUCAAAGGCAUCGAUCCAACGGGAGACCUUUGAGCAAGGUCAAGAAGAGAUCACCGUGUCCAUAAAGAAGGUGGACAAACCUAACCCAGAAGUGGCAAAUCCAACCAGCCAAAAAUCUUAAC